UUCUAAUGUUUUUAUUCUUGGAUUUUGUACAAAUUACACCGGAAUAUUGCAGCAUUGCAUCAAAGAAAAUAAAAUAAAAAAAAAUAAUUGUGCUGCGUUUAACGGGCACUGCAAAGGAGACCUAAUUUUCUAAAAUCCUUUGCCCGUUCUUUUCUCUGUGAGUGUUGAAAGUGAGGAAGUGAAUUUUCAAAGAAAAAUAAUUGAUUAUGACCUUGGCACUUCGUUUGACACGCUUGCCGGUUAUCGUCUAUCAAGAAACAGUGUUCCAACACAGCUGUUUAGGUAACCCACUACGAAGGCAAUACGUAACUUCUAGUGAUCACACUUCAAAAAAACCAACAGCUCCCUCAACAUCUCCCAUACCGCCUAAAAAUGCAGAUUUUACACCACCACCGACAGAAAAUGCAGAUAAACAAAAAACAACUGUAAGUUCGAAAAGAACCGAAAUAGCUACAAAAUCUUUGUCGGAAAGUGUCACGAAAUUGCAGCAGUUGGCAGAGAAAAGACAGGAAGCCGUCUCGAAAGUCAAACUAUCGACACAACAAGUACGAAAAAAUGUUCGUGGCUAUAUGUUUACUCGAUUCUUUGACUAUGUCAAAAAUUACGAUACAGUUUUAGAGAAAAAUUUUCCUUCGGCUGUAAAAGUCUACCGGGUAUUUUUUGAUGGCGUUAAAGAUUUUUUUUCGGAUAUGAAAAGAUUUUUAAAAGUUGCUCGCAUUGUUAACUCCUCAUCCAAAGGUCUUAAGUCGUUAAAUAGACAGGAAUUGGAAUUAUAUAUGCAAAUGCCUAAAGAUAUGGUAAAGGUAGCUCCUGCUUUAAUUUUCUCUUCACUGCCUAUGGUGGGUUAUGCCAUAUUUCCUCUGGUUUUCAUGUAUCCGCGUUCUUUUUUAACAUCACAUUUCUGGACGCCACAACAGAAAGAUGAAUUUAAGCAAUUUUAUUUUCAUGAACGCUUAACCUACAACAAACCUGUUUUUCGUUGUUUACAAUCCAAACUAAAGUCAACAAAGAAACAUCCUAAACAUGAAGAAUUUCGUAAUGUUUUAGGUCAGUUGGGAAGUGGUACUCAUCCCAGUGUAGAGCAAAUUUUAGAUAUUAAGGAUAUUUUUUCAGAAGCACCAUAUAGUUUAAUUUCAUUACCCGGCAAACAUAUCAAAUUGCUUACUAAACUACAUGGUUUACCUAGAGGUUGGUUUAAACGUCACAGCCUCUAUGAACAGGCUUUUCUAGUCCACUAUAUGGAUUUGGCAAUUGGUCGUGAGGGUGGUGUACACAACAUGCCCUUAGAGUCAUUACGCAAUGCUUGCUAUAUACGUGGUUUAAAUCCUGUCGAUUUAAGUCCCGAAGAAAUGAUAGAAUGGUUACGUGAUUGGAUUAAAGUUUCCAAUUCAAUUAAAGCCGAGCAUAUUACAUUGUUUUUGCAUUUGCCUUUGUUUUUGGGCUACAAUCACCCUAACAAUUGGCAAUUACUUUAUGGCAAAGACAAAAAACAACAACCGCAAACAACUACGGCUGAAUAAGUUGGAUAGACUAUGAGAGGGCAAAUAGGUUUUUUUUCUCAAAUGACACUUGUAUUUGCAUUAAACGUUAUUACUGUUAAAUAUGCUGGGCAAUUUAUUAAUUGAUGUAUGGAAAUUAUGCAGAUACAGAUAGAUUUAUAAUUUAAUAAUUGAAACAUUUUUUGUUAUGUUUAGUUAGUUCCUUUUAAAAAUGUCAUUUACGCAAGUCUUAAAGAAAUAAAUUGAAUUUUUUGAAAAAAUUA